UCCAUCGCAUCGAUCGAAAAGCUGCACAAGCACAAGCAGACGCAAGAGACGUACGUCAACAAGUCUCGCGAGCGCUAUGAGCAGGACUGCAUCAAGAUCAAUGGCUACACGGCACAGUCGAGCCUUGUGCAGGGGCGGGACCUGGACAAGGUGCACUCAAAGCUGGACAAGGCGCAGAGCACCGUCUCGUCGAACGAGAAGGAAUAUCAAAACUUAGUGCGCGCGCUCAAGGAUACGACCAUGAAGUGGAACCAGGAAUGGAAGGCCUUCCUCGACCAGUCGCAGGAUGCCGAGGAGGACCGACUGGACUUUAUGAAGUCCAACAUGUGGAACUACGCAAACGCCGUUUCGGCCAUCUGCGUCACGGACGACGAGUCGUGCGAGCGCGUGCGCGUCGCGCUUGAGAACACCGAGACGCUGCGCGACAUUCACUACUUUAUCCAGUCCCGCGGCACCGGAUCACACAUACCUGACGCACCUGACUACAUCAAUUAUGCCCGGGGACAGGCACCCCCGCCGCGCCCCGCGUACAAGAUGGCCAACUUCCAGCGCAACAGCACCAGGCCGACGCAGUCGCCUAUUGCACUGCAGCAGCAGCAGCAGCAGCAACAACAACAACAGCAGCAGCAGCAGCCGCAGCCGCAGCAGAUACCCACACAACAAGCGCUACCAUCCUCCGGAUCAGCCGGAGCGCCCAACUCUUCUGCCUUCGUCCCUCCGCCCGGCGCCGUAGCUCUUCCAGGCAUGGCGCCGCAAGCAGGGACACCGGGGAGCAGGAGCGGCGGGCCAUCAUCCGGACCACCCGGGGGCGGUGAUGAGUACGAGCAUCCAGGCGCAGCAGGGCUGGACAACAGGGAGGGCGGUCUCGACGGCGCAGCAACAGGCGCCGGCGCCAGCGACGAUAGGCUGAACAGGCGCAUGUCCGCGAAGAACUUUAUCGCGCGCGCACCCUCGCUCCGCCAGCGCAACAACGCGAACCAGGAGUCCAAUGGCAGCACCACCACCGGCGGCCUGCCGGGGCCAGACGCAUCAGUAGCAGGGGCAGGAGGAGUAGGAGCUGGAGCAGGAGAGGGAGCGGGAGCGGGGACAGGAGCAGGAGGCCAGGCAGAAGUGGAAGAAGAGGACCCGAUCGCCAAGGCCCUGGCGAAUCUACGCAUGCGACAGGGCGGCGCCAAGAGCCCCGCUCCUGGUUCGGUUCGCGGCGACAGCGGGCCGCCUCCACCCUCGAAGAGUCCAGGGCCUCAGAUAGGCCGCGGCGGUGCCAGUGGCGGUACGUCCCCGCAACUGCAACCCGGACACGGUGGUAGCUUUGCAGCACCCGGAGGGCACCAGCAGCAGUUGCUGCAGAAUUACGCACAAGCGGGCGCGAGCCAGCACCGCCCGCGCUCGCCAUCGGCGGCGUUCAUGCAGGCGCCCGAGCGCGCGUCGUCGCCAAUGCCCGUCGAGCAGGUCGUUGGGACAUACGGCCAGGCAUUCCCCGGCGAACGCAAGACGCUGUCGCGCCAGAACUCGGUCGCGUCGCGCGGGAGCGCAAGCGCCGCGCCGAGCCAGAUGGUCAAGCCGCCCGAGAAGGCCAGGAGCCCCGUGCCGUCUGAGGCAGGCGCAGCGGGACCGACGGGGUUCGCGGGUAUCGGUGCAAGAGGUCGCAGUCCCAGCCCCGCGCCGUACUCCGGAGGACAGCAGCAACCAGGGCGGCCGUCGACUCCGCUUGGCAUCUCGCUUGAUGCUUCCGGCUCUGUCACGCACGAUCAGCUCGCAGAGCAGUAUCGGAAACAAAUUGCUCAGCAGGCGCCGCCCCCAUCGCAGCCGCAACAGCCGAUGCAUUCGCCCGCGAUGGCUCCGCAGGGCUCCAUGAACAGUCAGAUGGGGCAGAUGCCUAAUCCGUACCAACAACAAGGCUGGCCAGCCCAGCAGCAACAGCAGCAACAACAGCAACAACAACAGCAGCAUCAGCAACACCAACAGGGUCCUUAUGCGCGUCCCAUCUCUCCUGCCCCUCAGCACCAACAGCAGAUGUCUUCCUACGCGCAGCCGUCGCAAGCAGCCAUGGCCGGCUCGAUCGGGCGCACAACCAGUGGGAAUCUGUACAACCCCGUUUCUACAUAUGCUGGCGGUCCUCCUGCCGUAUCGCAGGUAUUUGUAAAUCCGUAUGCCCCGCAGCAACAGCAACCACCGCCGCCACAGCAGCAGCAGCUGCCGAACGGGUAUGGUGCUGUUCUGCCAGCUGCCGUCACGUCGGUGCAAGUGUCGGCAUCGGAGACGCCCGCUGCGGCGUACAUGCACGAAUACCAGCGUCAGAACAACAUGCAGCACUCCACGUCUGGCAUGGGCGUGCUAACUGCUGCUCCGCAGAAUCUGCAACAGCAGCAGGCUUGGGCUGCGCCGCAGCAGCAUGCGCAUUCGUCGGUUUCUGCUCCACAACAGCAACAGCAGCCGGCUGCUCCUCAGCCUUCGUACAGCCAGCACCCUCCUACAGGCCAAUAUAGCGAUACUGGCAAACCUAUCUUAUUCUAUGUCAAAGCCCUCUAUGACUAUUCUGCAACGACGGCGGAGGAGUUCAGCUUUACCGCCGGUGACAUCAUCGCGGUCACACAUACCGAAGCUGAUGGGUGGUGGCAAGGCGAGCUCUUGGACGAGGCGCGAAGAAGACCAAACGCGAACACGUUCCCUAGCAACUUUGUCGUGCUGCUAAUGUAAUAAGGAGAGAAUAUAUCGUCGAAGUACA